AUGAAUUAUUAUUAUUAUACUUUUCAAUCCAUUUUUAGGUGGUUAGCAGUUCGUUUGGAGUUUGUUGGCAACUGUGUUGUCUUUUUCGCUUGCUUGUUUGCAGUUUUAGAAAGGGACACACUAAGUGCUGGAAUAGUUGGACUGUCAGUGACCUAUGCUUUAAAUGUCACACAAACUCUCAACUGGCUUGUAAGAAUGACCACAGAAUUGGAAACCAAUAUUGUUGCUGUAGAGAGAGUGAAAGAAUACUCAGAGAUUCCAACAGAGGCACCAAAGGAAAUUGCAGAGACAAAGCCCUAUCCUUCAUGGCCACAAAAAGGAGAAAUAGUGUUUGAAAGUUAUGGUUUGCGAUACAGAGAGGGUUUAGAUUUGGUCUUGAAAGAUAUAACUUGUAAAAUACAGCCAGCUGAGAAGAUUGGGAUUGUUGGAAGAACUGGUGCUGGAAAAUCAUCUCUCUCUCUUGGGUUGUUUAGAAUUAUAGAGAAAGCAAAGGGCAGGAUUUUGAUUGAUGGAAUUGACAUAUCCAGUAUAGGACUGCAUGAUUUAAGAUCAAAACUCACCAUCAUACCUCAGGAACCUAUUCUGUUUUCUGGGACUCUGCGAGUGAAUCUGGACCCUUUUGACACUUAUUCAGAUGCAACUAUCUGGAGAGCAUUGGAGCAAGCACAUCUUAAAUCUUUUGUGGAAUCAUUAUCACGUGGAUUGCAACAUGAAUGCACUGAAGGUGGAGAAAACCUGAGUGUUGGACAAAGACAACUUGUUUGUUUGGCUAGAGCACUUUUAAGAAAAUCCAAAAUUCUUCUCCUUGAUGAGGCAACAGCAGCUGUUGAUUUGGAAACAGAUGAUCUGAUUCAACAGACAAUUCGACAAGAAUUCGCAGACUGUACAAUUCUUACCAUUGCCCAUAGAUUAAACACAGUGAUGGACUAUAAUAGGAUAAUGGUUCUGAGUGCAGGGAAGAUCAUCGAGUUUGACAGCCCUCAAAACCUUCUGAACAGCAGGGGAAGUGUCUUCUAUGCAAUGGCUAGUGAUGCUCAUUUGCUUUGAAAAUUUAUAUCUUGCAUUAAAAAAUGUUCAUUUUUACCUUAUUCUUAAAAAUAUAACUUAGCAAGUCAUGUUUAUGAAGGUAUUUUAAAUUUUAUGGUAAGAAUCACCAUAUCUGUCCUUGCAAUCAGAUUGUAGUUGAAAGAGCUAGUUUCAUUUUACACAUAAAAUGAACUGUACUUGUAUGAACUGAUUGACUAUCACCAUGUGUCCCAUUUCACAUACCGUAUAAGCAGAAUUUUUAGCGAGCCAGGAUUUAAUUUUGGCAAUAUUAGCGAGGAUGCCAAGAUCGCUAAAAUUGAAUAUCGCUAAAAAAAUAAUUGCACUUUAAUAUAGCUUCUUAAAUGAGCUUUUUAAAUUCGCUAAAAUUACUGUUCUCACUAAAAAUAAAAUACCGAGGACAAAUUGCUAAAUUUGCAUCUCGCUAAAAUUUCCACUUAUACUGUAUUAAAAAAAAGUACAGACUUAACUGCUCUAUUUUCUGUAAUAAAUUUUGUUAUUGAGGAUCAAGGUAUUGGAAAAAAUGCAAUUUUUUGUAGAAAACAGGCAUAUGUAACUACCUUCAGAAUUACUAGUAAGUUAAAAUAAGAGACAUGUUUAAUGAUCAUCUGAAACAGAUAUUUCAUUAUUUACUAAAUAUUUUGGAUCAGAGAUUGUGCUCUAUAUGUAAUACAGAUGUACAUGUACUGAAAAAAAAAUUACUUCGACUUUUGGCUAUUUUUAAAGGAAUUUACAGGAUGGGGUAAAUGUGACACAUUUCAUGAUGUCAUAAUGCAGUGACUAAAAAGAAAAUAUUUCCUUGAUUGUUAGAACGUGACAAUCUGAAAUUUGAAUGUGAGUAAUAGAGGAGCCUGUAAUUCCUAAAUAACAAGGCCAAUUUAUGCAGAGAUUAUGCUUUUUAUCUUUUACCAAUGGCUCUCAUUUUAUAUUACAUACAUUCAUUUUUUAUGAAUAAUUUUCAAGCACAUAAUUAAUAUAUUUCUUGCACCUUUUCAAAAUAAAGAAAGGAAAGAAU